ACUUAACAUGGAGCCUCAGGACUCGACUUUGACUGAUGACUUGAACUUAUUUGGACAGGUUUUGUAAGUUAUUUUGUGGCACGGAGUCUACGUGGAUUACUCUACACACAUAGCCAGAGACAAUAAGCAGCAUCGCUCUUGCAAAAAAACCUGCAACAGAUUGGCUAGUGAAAUGCAUACACAGCACUCUGAUUGGACCAACAAACUGUCAAACAACACAGAUCGGUCCCAAGAAACACCUGGAGCAUCUGAUUCUACCAUCCAACACGACAAGGAGGACAAAGCAAUGGAUGGAGAACAUAUCCCCGAACGACCCCGACCAGGCUUUGUCCUGGCAGACUACGUCGUCUUUGCUGCCAUGCUGCUCGUUUCCAUGGGAAUUGGGCUGUUCCAGGCCCUGAAGAAGAAACCGGGUGAUGCUAAGGUGGAUGACUUCUUCACCGGUGGCCGUAGUAUGCCAGUCAUACCCGUGGGAAUGUCACUGUGUGCCAGCUUCAUGUCAGCUGUCCAGGUCCUGGGAGUGCCAGCUGAAGCCUCCCUCUAUGGUUUUAAGUUCCUAUACAUGUGCCUUGGGCAAACCAUCAACUCCUGUCUGACUGCAUACCUGUUCCUGCCAGUGUUCUACCGCCUUGGUAUCACCAGCACCAAUGAGUACCUCAAGAUGAGAUUUGGCAGAGAGAUGCAGCUGCUUGGAAGUGUCCAGUUUAUAGUCUCAACACUGCUCUACACAGGAAUUGUGAUCUAUGCUCCAGCCUUAAUCCUGAGCCAAGCCACUGGGCUCAAUAUGUGGGCAUCCCUCUUCUCAACUGGGUUCAUUUGUACUUUUUACACCACAUUGGGGGGCAUGAAAGCAGUCAUCUGGACAGACGUGUUCCAGAUCCUGGUCAUGCUCUCUGGCUUCAUCGCCAUCUUCGUCCAGGGCACUGUUUUGGUUGGUGGGCCAGCAAUGGUUUUGGAGAUUGCCAACAAUGGAUCACGAAUUAACUUUAAUGAUUUUGACUUCGACCCAAGGAGGCGAUACACAUUCUGGAGCUUUACUGUUGGCGGUACGCUGUUGUGGCUGUCCAUGUAUGGUGUGAACCAGGCACAGGUACAACGCUACAUCUCCUGCAGAACUGAGCGACAGGCCCAGUGGGCGUUGUUUGUCAACCAAGUGGGCUUGUGUCUCGUUGUAGGCAGUGCAGCCACCUGCGGCAUUGUCAUGUUUGCCUUGUACUCCCACUGUGACCCUUUGACGUCUGGAAAGAUUGCUGCUCCAGACCAGUAUAUGCCAUACUUGGUGCUGGACAUCUUUCAAGACCACCCUGGCUUUCCCGGACUUUUUCUGGCUUGUGCAUACAGUGGCACCCUGAGUACCGCCUCCACCAGCAUCAACGCUAUGGCAGCUGUUACCAUGGAUGAUCUACUGAAACCAACUCUAGCCAACAUGUCACAGAAGAGGUUGAUUUUAAUUUCCAGAGGGCUGUCUUUCAUGUAUGGGGCUGGAUGUAUCACGGUGGCUGCUCUCUCAUCCUUCUUGGACUGGGGAGUUCUUCAAGGGUCCUUCACAGUCAUGGGAGUGGUCAGUGGCCCACUUCUUGGGGCUUUCGUCCUGGGGAUGUUUGUUCCCGCUAGUAACAGGCCGGGCGUGUUUAGUGGCGUGGCGGUGGGCUUCUCCAUCUCCUUGUGGCUGGUCAUUGGAUCAACUCUCCAUCCUCCCAGUCUGCAGACCAUGGGAGUCCUGCCCACCUAUACAGAUCAGUGUCCAUCAAGUAACAGCACAGUCAACAGCAGCCUGGGCAUGGACACACCCUCCGCCUCCACGCCGCUUCCCCUAUAUCAACAUGGACGGACGAGUCUGCAGAACUUUUAUUCCAUGUCCUACCUCUACUUUGGUGCCGUGGGGACAAUUUCAGUGGUGCUGGUUGGGGUAGCUGUGAGCUAUGCAACAGGACCUACCAAGAGAAAUACCAUUGACCCUGGCUUGCUCUGGUGGGAUUUACAACAGAAAACCCUGGACAGUCAGAUGGACAAUCCACAGAUAGUGCCUCUACACCACUUGCACAAUGAAGAUGUUGGUGAAAAAGAGGCCCUGAGCGCUGCGCGGAAAACUACCUUAACUCAAUGUUCCCCAAUAAAGUAUAGAGAGCUUUGAGAGAAGAGAGGUGGACACACACACACACACACACACACACACAGUACCAGACAAAAGUUUGGACACGUACUCAUUUAAGGGUUUUUCUUUAUUUU